AUACCCAGAAAAGACUUUAACCUCUAGGUCUAUUAAUCUGGCUUCUAUCACAGGGCAGAGUUAGUGGCAUUUUAUGUUCUCAAUCAUAACUAUAUUGCCCUUGGUAUGCUGUAGCAAUUUUGUUCUCUUUCUAUCAAAGUUUUGUUAUUUUACCCUAGGAAUGGAAAAUGUACAAAUUGAUGAUAUCACACAGGUGGGUGUUUACAACCUUGACAAUUUUACACACAGGUGGGAAUUUUCUCAUGUGGGAAUUCACUUGAGUUUGCAGAGGGCCAGCAGAUCGCCCUCAGCUGCCGUCCUUAUAAAGUUCAGGAAGGACUCUGAAUUCUAGACUCCAGGAAAACCUGGCCAUGAGGUUGAUCCUGUUUUUUGGUGCCCUUUUUGGGCAUGUCUACUGUCAAGAAACAUUUGUGGGAGACCAAGUUCUUGAGAUUGUACCAAGCAAUGAAGAACAAAUUAAAAAUCUGCUACAAUUGGAGGCUCAAGAACAUCUCCAGCUUGACUUUUGGAAAUCACCCACCACCCCAGGGGAGACAGCCCACGUCCGAGUUCCCUUUAUCAGCGUCCAGGCAGUCAAAGUGUUCUUGGAGUCCCUGGGAAUUGCCUACUCUAUCAUGAUUGAAGAUGUUCAGGUCCUGUUGGACAAAGAGAAUGAAGAAAUGCUCUUUAACCAGAGAAGAGAACGGAGUGGCACCUUCAAUUUUGGGGCCUAUCAUACCCUGGAUGAGAUUUCCCAAGAAAUGGAUAACCUCGUGGCUGAGCACCCUGGGCUAGUGAGCAAAGUGAAUAUCGGCUCUUCUUUUGAGAACCGGCCGAUGAACGUGCUCAAGUUCAGCACAGGAGGAGACAAGCCAGCGAUCUGGCUGGAUGCCGGGAUCCAUGCUCGAGAGUGGGUUACACAAGCUACUGCAGUGUGGACAGCAAAUAAGAUUGCCUCUGAUUAUGGAAAGGACCCAUCCAUCACUUCCAUUCUGGACACCCUGGAUAUCUUCCUACUGCCAGUCACAAACCCUGAUGGAUACGUGUUCUCUCAAACCAAAAACCGUAUGUGGCGGAAGACCCGGUCUAAGGUAUCUGGCAGCUUCUGCGUUGGUGUGGAUCCUAACCGGAACUGGGAUGCAGGUUUUGGAGGACCUGGAGCCAGCAGCAACCCUUGCUCUGAUUCAUACCAUGGACCCAGUGCCAACUCUGAAGUUGAAGUGAAAUCCAUAGUGGACUUCAUUAAGAAUCAUGGAAAAGUCAAGGCCUUUAUUACCCUCCACAGCUAUUCCCAGCUGCUCAUGUUCCCCUAUGGGUACAAAUGUACCAAGUCAGAUGACUUUAAUGAGCUGAAUGAAGUGGCCCAAAAGGCUUCCCAGUCUCUGACAAGCCUGCAUGGCACCAAGUACAAAGUGGGACCAAUCUGCUCUGUCAUCUACCAAGCCAGUGGAGGAAGCAUCGACUGGUCCUAUGAUUAUGGCAUCAAGUACUCAUUUGCCUUUGAACUGAGAGACACAGGGCGUUACGGCUUCCUCUUGCCAGCCAAUCAGAUCCUGCCCACGGCCGAGGAGACCUGGCUUGGCUUGAAGUCAAUCAUGGAGCAUGUGCGAGAUCACCCCUAUUAGGCCCCUGGCGAAUAAACAGGAGCUAUUAAAAUCUCUUUGGUCUGAAGCAA